CGUAUUCUGCGAACCUCUGAUAUUGUAAAUACCUCUCCUUUUACUAGAACAUUCUUUUCUUAAUUAAUUUUCCAUUCAAUCCUACUUAAAACCUGAAGCUGCAAAUUCAGUUAUCUAGAUUAUUCCUCUUUGUUUUACAUUUAAGAAACCUACAAAACCUUUUGGACAACGAAAGUUAUAUCCUAGGGUUUCUUCUUCCGUUUAGACGUCUCUGCUGCAACUAUUUUCAUCGUAUAGUUCAUCUAAGGGUUUAAAAAAUGGAUAGAGGUAGAGGAGGAAGAGGAGGUGGUAGAGAUGAUUUCUUUGGAGGAGGGUUUGGUGGAGGUUUUGGAAGUGAUCCGUUUGCUGGAAUGGGAGGUUUUGGAGGUGAUCCAUUUGCUGGAAUGGGAGGUUUUGGUGGUUUUGGAAGGCAUCAGAGUUUAAUGUCUAGUUUCUUUGGAGGAAGAGAUCCUUUUGAUAGUCCUUUCUUCAAUCGUCCAUUCAGUGGUGGCGGUGGUGGUAACAGCAUGUUCGGUCCUAGUAUGUUUGGGCAAAGCAUGUUUGGUGAAAGCAUGAUUGGUCCAAGCAUGUUUGGUUCAAACGGUGGAGGUUUGUCUAGAGAUGCGCCUGCUUCGGGCUUUAUUCAGAAUGUGCCUGUGCAAGAAAAUAAACAGGGAGGAGGAUUGGUUAUUCAGGAGAUAAAUUCAGAUGCUGAAGAGGAAGAGGCGAAACAAGAGGUUGAUGAACAGAAAGAAAAUCCGAGAAAGCAUUCUAGGUCAAGUAAAGAAGCGUUUGUUGAAGACCCGGAUGAUGCAGCCGAAGAGAGGAAAAACAAGCUUUUGCAAUAUAGGAAUGGACAUAGCAGCGUGGAAAGAACACAGCCUCAGACAAAAAGUUUCUCGUACCAGAGUUCAACUGUAACUUAUGGUGGUGUAAACGGCGCAUACUAUACUUCCUCCUCUUCGAGGAAGAUGGGCGGUGAUGGGGUGGUGGUAGAAGAGAGUAAGGAGGCUGAUACAACUACCGGUAAAGCUUCUCACAGGCUCUCUAGAGGAAUUCACAAUAAGGGUCAUUCUGUCACUAGGAAGCUCAACCCAGAUGGUAAGGUGGACACUUUGCAAACGUUACACAAUCUAGACGAAGGUGAGCUUCCCGUCUUCGAAGAAGCUUGGAAUGGGAGUGCCAGGAGGCAUUUGCCUGGCUGGGAUGAGCAGGGGUUCAACAUGCAGGGAUAUAAUGGACAAAGAACUAACCGUGGGCAAGCCGCACCCAGUCAAGGUUGGGCCCUUCCUUCAACAGAGCAGCCACAGAGGAACAACCCUGAGGAGACAGAAUCACGUGCAAGAGGGAGUUCUUCAAGGGGCCAGAACUAAGCAGUCUCUCUCAUGAGAGGUGCAGAUUUACAAUUAUAUGACAGUGUUCCAUUUUGUUAAGGUCAGCAUCCCAUAUACGAGGAUGUAUUAUUGACAUUAUACAAAGAUGUAUGUGUAGGUUUAGCUGGUUACUCGGUAGUGGGUGUUGUACCCCUUAUCAGUAUCUUAGUAUGUAGGUAUCGGUAUUGGACUAUGUUAUGGAAAGAGUACUCGGCUAUGAGAACCUCGAACAAGUCGGAUCUUCUUAAUGAGUAUGUGUUGUUUUUAUCUC